GUAUUGGCCUCCGCCUUUUUGUUGCGAGCGCCACUCUGUGCUUCACUCUGAGCCAGACUCUGAGCUCCGCUUACCUAAACGAAUAAUUGCAACACGCAUACUUGCUACCUUUUGAGGCUUAUAGAGACAAUUAGGUUCAAAGGUUUACGAGGGGCGAGACAGCGCGCGAUGUGCGCCUUGAAUGCGGCCCACUUCUACCGUUCGCUAGCUGUAGCGCUGGUGCUGCACGCAUGGCAUGCAGGCGCAGGGCUUGUGGCGCCCCAAACAGAGCCAGCUUCUGCAUCCGGCAAUUGGACGUACAAGCAGCCUCCGCUGCAGCAGGCCGCCCCAGUUCCGCCGGAGCCUCCCACACCUCCCUACCCCGGGCCACCCCUUCCUCUCGCACCCCCCAUCUAUGCGUCAUCGCGCCCGCCUCCGGCUCUUCCACCUCCGCAGCCGCCGCGCCCACCCCGCCCACCGCCUCAUCCACUGGAGUCCACAGCUGGUGGAGGUGGCUACGGUGCCUCCUUUGGCCUCGUUGUCGGUGUCGCGCUUGGUGGCAGCGUUGCGGUGGUAGCAGUGUGCGUAAUCGCCUUUGCAUUAUCGACGACAUGCCAGCGCAGAGCAGCGCGCGCUCAUCACAAGGAGAGGCAGUACUUUCAACGCAACGUGCUGGCCGAGCAACUUAGUACGGAUGUGGAAGCGGGAGUAGAAUCCAGCAGGGGAGAGCCGGCGGAGGCUGCUGUUCAUCAGCACUUUUCUGCAACAACUUUGUCUGCAGCCACCGACUUCUUCUCUCCAGAGCAUGUGCUCGCGAAGUUGCCACCGUGGCAGCCAAAUGGAGCUACCUGUGAUACCGCCGGCGGUGGGGAGUGCUAUGCCGGUUUUCUGCUUCGCCAUUCUAGCAGUAGAUGCGCACGAGGCCGUAAUAUACUGGUGUGGCGGUUUUCCCGCGCACCGGGCAACGGUUCCCAGUCACCGGCGGCAGUGGAUGGAAACACCGUUGAUGAGUCACGAUUGGAGACAGCUGCAAUGCGACUGGCAGCCAUAAGGCAUCCAAACCUCUUGCCGCUCGUGGGAAGCUGCCUGACCUCCCCAAUGCUGGUGUACGGCGUCGGGUCUCUUGCAGAGGCCGAGCAAAUCUCCAUGCUGGCCGAUGCACUACAACACUUACCACUCAGAUGGCAGGCCCGAUUGCGCAUUGGUUCACAUGUGGCAAGAGCUGUGGCUUUCCUCCACUCCCGGACGCCUCCUGUGUUUUGCGGAGUGCCGCUGGACCCGUGCCGUGUGGUGGUUGAUCACGUAAAUGAAUCUGCAAAGCUUGGAUUUGUGGGGAUAGGUGAUGUGGCUUGCCCAAGCGGAAGCCUAGGCGGAAUGCCUCAGGGGUCGGGCGCCGCGGUGGGGGCCUCCGACUCUGGUGGUGGAGCCGAUGAUGCAGCACAGACUUCUGUGCACUACGUGCACAUGGGGAUGCAGGACGUCCGCGAACUCGGUGUGCUUCUGCUCCGGUUGCUGACAGGUGACACGGCUGGAGACGCCGCAGAUCUAGUUCUGUGGGUCCGCGGCGUGGUCAAGUACGACAUGGAGGGGGGCGGCAACGGACAAACCCUUGCAAAGCUUGCAUCCACCACCACCAGCACACGCGGACGACAAGGCCAAAACGACGUGCUGCUAUGGCCUCCAGAGCUGGCGCUCUCGCUCGCCGAUGUGGCGCUCAAGUGCGCCUGCUGCACCGAGCAGGGCGGUGUGCCUGAUUUGAGGUCCGAGGUCAUUCCGCACCUGGAGCACCUGAGGCUGCAUGAGCGGCCGCCGCCGAGUGAUGGCCUGCAGCACCAGGGCACUAACGGGACGCCGCAACACGAGGACGGCCUGAGUCCUGAUGGACCGGAGGUGUCGGAGGAGCAGGUGUCAGCUGUGCCGCAGCAGCAGGAGCCCCAGCAGGAGCAGGUGCAGGCACAGGUAGCGCAGGCAAAUGCGGAGCAGGGGUCCCUUGGGGAUCUGGCGCACGCGACGGUGCAGGGGCAGGAGCAGGGAUCGCAGCAGGAGCAGGUACCGCAAGCGGAGCAACAAAGGCGAAACCGGCGGGCGGCACAGGCAGAGCAGAGCUCUCUGACGGAGCAGGUGCAUCGGGCGCAGGGGCCACGGCAGGAUCAGGAGUUGGGGGCCACAGGGGGCACAGGGGGCACAGGUGCGGCGGGCGUAUCGGCCAUAGGCGGCAUCUCUGCUGCAGCAGGGACCGCACUACGGGUAAUGGCCGCCGCCCUUUGGACAUGGUGGGAGCCGCAGCGGGCUUUCGCCGCGCAGCAGGAAUGAGAGCAGUAGUGGUGGGGAUUAGCGAGGGUGUGUUGAAUCAGGUCACGAGGUGGGGCAGCUGAGUAAUGCAGACUUAUACAGAUGGGCACAAGUACGGCCGUCACAUAUUCGAUGCAAAGGCUGACGCAGUUCGUGUCAGCUUGACAGGUCGGCUGUGAGACUGUGAGUGAACAGCAGAGGCUGGUGGGCGGCUAAUUGACUGUAGAUGCAUCUUUGUGGACGUGGGCGCAAGUGUGAGGCACGGGGUUCCUGGAGUAGUGGAAUGGCACGACCAGAUGACACAAUGAGAUUGUCGGCACGGCCCCGAACUCAGGGGCGCCGCUGCCCGAAACCCUGAGAUCACUUCUGGUGCUGACAUCACUAUUGGGGCUGAUGAAGGGGCCUGUGUGAGUAACAAAAACUGAGUCAUUGUUCUGCUGCGCUAAUCUCUUAUCAGACACCAGUUGACAUGGUGCUGUAGUGGAUGCACUUGGCGGGAGACGGGUAGAUGGGCAGACGGCACGCCCCUUCAUGGGCCGAGCGGAGCCCUCAUUAACCGCGUAACGUGGCAAGGCAUGCACAUGGCGGCUGUUUCUGACCUCGUGCAUGUCUGCCCCAACGGUCGGAUUCGAGCGUGUUGCUCUGGU